AUGCAUUCUCUCAGUCGCUCCAGUUCAGACUCUCACCUUCUUUCGUCAGCACCGUCUGUUUACACUACAACUAUCAACAUCGCAACAGAUGAUGUCUCCGCUCUCUUGUCCCAUAUCGCUGAUCUCGAGGCCGAACUUGAUCAGAUUUCCUCCUCACAUCCAGUAUCGAAUCGCGGUGAAUAUCCUUGUGGAUCCCCGGGAGACGCAACUGAGUUUUGCUCUGAAGACCUUGUCAAGACCAGACUCGUCGGCAUCCUGUUCUCCCUUCCUCUCAUGCAAGUCGUUAUCAAUACCACCAAGACGUUCGUUGAAUCAGGCCUCGUGGUAGGCCUCGAAGACGAGCUCAUCUCCGUCAUUCAAGAAGCCGCACGCGAUAUCUCCGGCCCCUGGUCAAACGUAUUCCCUAAGCCACCACCAAUCACUGGUCCUCGCACGCCUGAACAAUACCUCUGUAUGGUCGACAUAGCACUUUCUGCUCGGAAGGAGGCAAAGCGCGUAAAGAAGAUAGCUAAGUACUGGAAACGUCUUGCUCUUCAGGCUACCAGUUCUUCUGAGGAUGACGGAGAUGAUGUCGGCCCUUUGACUCCUAGUCCCUCGGAUAUCUCUGACACUGGGAUUUCUGAUUUAUUUUCUUCUGUACGUAAGGAUCGGGUGCAAGAACUUAUUGAGAGGCGUAGGUGUGCUGUUGAAGAGCUUUUGUCAGCUCCACUUGCCUCUGAUGCGGUACUGGGGGACUGGGAUACUGUCGCUCAUGCUCGUCUACUCCAGGCCGUUGACUCAGAUGAUUCCUCAGCUGAAUCGGACAGUCCUAGGUCUUCCUUUGAUAUACACAACAUAUCGGCUACGUCGCUGGCCACUCCUACUUCUAUGCUCGAAAAAGGGAGUGAACAAGACCGAACACUCGUGGAGUCAAUAGAAACGGCGUUAGGACUCCACACAAAAACGGAAACCUUCAUACCAUCUCCAGGUAAGCCCGCCAAUGCCAGCGAUCGCUCUUCCCUUCCAUCAACUCCAGUUCAUCGCAUCCCCUCCAACUCUCUGGCAAUGACACAAAGCAAAUACAAGACGGAGCAACCACUUCGUUGUGAAACUCCAGGCGCGUCAGUCCGUUCAAGGCACCUUGCAUACGAAUCCAUCACCUCAAACAAAUCUGCGUUCACAAGCUCCCUGCCGACACCUAUUCACAGAAGCCCACAGCCUCGUAAAGCAUCAGCUACAACUCCCCCUUCAUCUUCGCCUCGCAGCAAAAUUGUUACUGUGUCACCGAAAAGUCCUCUUCCAAAUAAAGCGUGUCAAUCGAAGCUGCCCGCCGUUCAACGUCUCCGACCAGAGAUGGGUAAAUUAGUUCUAAGCGGGAAACGUAGCGUCGGUGCUUCUAAUUCAGGGCGGGCUCACAUUUAG